AUGUGCAGUGCCUUCUUAUGGUCUGGUUCGCCAACCAUUACUCAUAAAGCAAAAUUUGCUUGGAAAGAUCUAUGUUGCCCCAAGGAAGAAGGUGGACUAGGCAUCAGACGUCUUAGCGACACUUCGCGAGUAUUUGCACUGAGUCUUAUCUGGAAACUAUUCUCUCUUACCGGCUCCUUUUGGGUUGCUUGGACCCGACAGUAUCUACUCAAGAAUAGCUCUUACUGGGAUGCCAGUGACAAAAAGGGAUCGUGGGUAUGGCGGAAACUGCUCAAACAUAGACCCAUUGCAUACGAAUGCAUUCGGUUCGAGGUUAGAAAUGGGGUAACAGUGCAUUUUUGGUUCGAUAACUGGUUAGAAAUUGGCAGAUUGAUUGAUAUAACAGGAGAGCUGGGCAUAAGCUACCUUGGAGUGAGCAGGUCCACAACGCUCGCUGAAGCAACCCGUGACGACUGCUGGAACAUUCGGAGAUGUGGACAGAGACGAUAUCCCCAUCUCUGUGAUACGCUUGCAGAGACUCCACGACCGGUAGCUAGUGCAGGACCAGAUAUAGCUCUAUGGAGACAUGACCAGGAUGAUUUCAAACCAUACUUCUCAGCUACCAAGACUUGGAACUACCUGCGAGUUAAAAAGACAAAGCUUCCCUGUAUGGAUGAAUGUUGCAGAGAAAUUACUUGGUCCAGUGAUAACACUGGACUGGGAAGAUACAGUCACCUCCAUGUUACGCCAGAACAGGAACAGACUCGAUGCUAUACUCCUGCGCUUAGUUUUUCAGACAGCCAUUUAUGUGCUGUGAAAGAGAGGAACUCAAGACGGCAUGGAAGUGUGUACGCACCUGUGGAUACAACUACUAAGGCCAUUGAGAAUAUGGUCAAGAAGCGCAUCUCAUCUUUGAAGUAUAUGGGAAACCAUAAGCUGAGGGGGCUACUAGUGAGAUGGUUUACUGUCUACACAUAUUAG